GUUUGCGGCGUGGAGGGGGGAGGUCUCGGUGUCUGUCUGUCAGGUAACGGCGGUGAUGGCGACGUACGUGAGCGAGCUGGAGGCGGCUAAGAAGAGCCUGAGCGAGGCUCUGGGCGAGAAUGUGAAGCAGUACUGGGCCAACUUGAAGCUCUGGUUCAAGCAAAAGAUAAGUAAGGAGGAGUUUGACCUGGAAGCACGCAGGCUUCUCACGCAAGACAAUGUCCACUCUCACAACGAUUUCCUCCUGGCUAUUCUUACCCGAUGUCAGAUCUUGGUUUCUGCACCAGAAGGUGCUGGAUCUCUGCCAUGGCCAGGGGGCUCUGCAACUAAACCUGGAAAACCCAAAGGAAAGAAAAAGAUUUCUUCAGUUCGACAAAAAUUUGAUCACCGGUUCCAGCCUCAGAAUCCACUGUCUGGAGCUCAGCAAUUUGUGGCAAAGGAUCCUCAGGAGGAUGAUGAUUUGAAGCUGUGUUCUCAUACCAUGAUGCUUCCUACACGUGGCCAGUUAGAAGGAAGGAUGAUCGUAACUGCGUAUGAGCACGGGCUAGACAAUGUCACAGAGGAGGCAGUGACCGCAGUUGUUUAUGCUGUGGAGAACCAUCUUAAGGAUAUUCUGACAUCUGUGAUAUCCAGGCGGAAAGCCUAUCGUCUGAGAGAUGGCCAUUUCAAGUACGCCUUUGGAAGCAACAUUAACCCUCAGCCAUAUCUCAAGAACAGUGUUGUUGCUUAUAACAAUUUAAUUGAGUGCCCUCCAACCUGUGCGACACCUGCUGGCCAGAGCCUAGCUCCCCAGCCCCCGCCUGACGAUGCUGAGCAGCAGGCAGCUCUGCUCCUGGCCUGCUCUGGAGACACCCUACCAGCAUCCCUCCCGCCGGUGAACAUGUAUGACCUGUUUGAGGCGUUACAGGUACACAAAGAAGUUAUUCCAGCACACACUGUCUACGCUCUAAACAUUGAGAGAAUUGUCAUGAAACUCUGGCAUCCAAACCAUGAAGAGCUACAGCAGGAUAAAAUCCAUCGCCAGCGCCUGGCGGCGAAGGAGGGCCUUCUGCUGUGCUAGAGGCAGCCAUGUCAGGCCUCAGAUGGCUACACUGCUGUUCCUUGGACUUGACAUUCAGAUGCUUCUUACAAACCUGUGUCAGCAUUUCAAGGAUGACAGAAGUUAUGAGUCAACUUUCCUAUGGAAAUACGAGUUGUGGUACACUUUCUCUGCUUUCCUGGAGUCAUGUGCCAUGGAGUGCUUGCAGCAAUCCCACUGAAUUGGAAAGGAGAAACAGAUUUGUUUGCAAAGACUGUUUUUUAGGAAAAAAAAAAAGUGAAAGAGAUCGUCUUAAAUAAGGUGGUUUUGUGUUUUCUUUUGUAAGCACAGGGAAUCUUCCUCCCUGCCCUCCCCUCUCGGGUAGUUUCCCAUCUGAGCUCCUUCUCCAGAGGCCUUCUCCAACGCAUGUUGCGGUUGGUAGCAUUGUUUUCCAUUCUGUUGUGUGUGAGCUGCUCACUCAGAGGAGUGAGUGAGACAAGGCUCUGAGGUUGAUGAGGACAGGGAGGCAUGACUUUCUGUUUAUGGUCAUGGGCAAAAGACAGACUUGUUAGGGGAAGAAAAGAGAAACAUCAAUUUAAUUAAAACACCACCACCACUUAAUUUAACAAUCAGAGUAGGAUGGUGAGCAGAAUUGCCACAUCUUAAAAACACCUUCCCUCCAUCCCUCCCUUCUUCCUGGGCUCAACUUUGCUCCUGCUUUCUCUACCUCCUCUA